AUGUCGCAAGGGCUCCUGGCUGCUGGCAGCGUCCUGCAGAGGAGCGUCGUGGCGCCCGGGAACCAGCCGCAGCCUCAGAGUCCUGAAGAUGAUGACAGGAAGGUCCGAAGAAGAGAAAAAAACCGAGUUGCUGCUCAGAGAAGUCGCAAGAAGCAGACUCAGAAGGCUGACAAACUCCACGAGGAGUAUGAGUGCCUGGAGCAAGAGAACACAGUGCUGCGGAGAGAGAUCGCGAAGCUGACAGAGGAGCUGAAGCACCUGAGUGAGGAGCUGAAGGAGCACGAGAAGAUGUGCCCGCUGCUGCUCUGCCCCAUGAACUUUGUGUCCAUGCCUCGGCCAGACCCUGUAGCCAGCUGCCUGCCCCGGUGA